AUGGGGUCGACGGCGAAAAACAUCAGCGGCUCAACAGUGGCGGAUCCAUCCUCCGGCGAGGAGGAGGCCUUCCUGUUCGCCAUGCAGCUGGCGAGCGCCUCCGUUCUGCCGAUGGUCCUCAAGUCCGCCAUCGAGCUCGACCUGAUCGAGCUCAUCCGCCGGGCCGGCGACGGCGCGUGGGUCUCGCCGGCAGAUCUCGCCGCCCAGCUCCCCACAGCCAACCCGGAGGCGCGUGUCAUGAUCGACCGGAUCCUCCGGCUUCUCGCGACCUACUCCGUCGUGAGCUGCCGCCUGAGGCCGCUCCCCGACGGCGGCUCCGAGCGGCUGUACGGGCUGGCGCCGGUCUGCAAGUUCCUGACGAAGAACGAAGAUGGCGUUUCCAUGGCUCCUCUGCUUCUCAUGAAUCAGGAUAAGGUUCUCAUGGAGAGCUGGUACCACUUGAAAGAUGCAGUCUUGGAAGGUGGAAUCCCCUUCAACAAAGCAUAUGGGAUGACUGCAUUUGAAUACCAUGGCACAGAUCUAAGGUUCAACAAAGUGUUUAAUCAAGGAAUGUCGAAUCACUCGACUAUAGUGAUGAAGAAAAUUCUGGAAAUAUAUGAUGGUUUUGUGGGGCUUGAGACUGUUGUGGAUGUUGGUGGAGGGACAGGUGCCACGCUGGAUAUGAUCGUGUCCAAAUACCCAUCCAUUAAAGGCAUCAAUUUUGAUUUGCCACAUGUUGUUGAUGAUGCACCAUCUUAUCCAGCGCGACGUUCGGCCUGGUCGGGCCGAAUGCCAAAAUGGGUGAACGGUCGCCUGCGGGCCGUACGGGAUCACUGA